GUUACCUAUGUUUGUAUAGGGGAGAUGAUUGUUGGGCCGACAAAAACAUUAUUUAUGGACGAAAUAUCGACCGGACUGGACAGCUCCACAACAUUUCAGAUAGUGAAGUGCUUGCAACAAAUUGUACACUUCACAGAGGCCACGAUCUUGAUGUCGCUCCUCCAGCCAGCGCCUGAGACAUUUGACCUCUUUGACGAUAUUAUUCUUCUAUCAGAAGGCCAGAUUGUCUAUCAGGGUCCGCGAGAGCAUGUUCUUGUGUUCUUUGAGAAUUGUGGGUUCAAGUGCCCGGAAAGAAAGGGCACUGCUGAUUUCUUGCAAGAGGUGACAUCAAGAAAAGACCAAGAGCAAUACUGGGCAGAUAGAAGCAAGCCAUACAAACACGUUUCAGUGAGUGAAUUUGCCGAAAGAUUCAAGAGCUUCCACGUGGGUCUACGGCUUCACAAUGAACUAUCAGUCCCUUACAAUAAGAACCGAAGUCACAAAGCAGCUCUUGAGUACAAAAAGUAUUCAGUACCAAAGAAAGAGCUUCUCAAAGCCAACUUUGAAAAGGAAUGGCUUCUGAUUAAAAGAAACUCUUUCUUCUAUGUUUUCAAGACUGUCCAAAUCAUUAUCGUGGCAAUCAUCACAUCAACUGUGUUUUUGAGGACUAGAUUACAUGCUAGGAACGAAGAUGAUGGGGCUGUCUAUAUUGGUGCGCUAUUGUUUGGCAUUAUAUGCAAUACUUUCAAUGGUUUUGCCGAGGUAUCACUCGCUAUACAGAGACUUCCUGUCUUCUACAAGCACAGAGACUUACUCUUCCACCCACCUUGGACUUUCACUCUACCCAAUUUUCUGCUGAGGAUACCAAUAUCACUGUUUGAGUCGAUUGUUUGGACCGUCAUAACAUACUACACCAUAGGAUUUGCCCCCGAAGCUAGCAGGUUUUUCAAGCAACUAUUGCUAAUAUUUAUGAUCCAGCAAAUGGCUGCGGGGAUGUUUAGGCUCAUUGCAGGAAUAUGCAGGACGAUGGUUUUAUCAAACACUGGUGGUUCUCUUACACUUCUCGUUCUGUUCCUUUUGGGUGGUUUCAUCCUUCCUAGAGAUCAAAUUCCAGUGUGGUGGAGAUGGGGUUACUGGGUUUCACCCCUGACCUAUGCUUACAAUGCCAUCGUAGUAAAUGAGAUGUUUGCUCCAAGAUGGAUGGACAAAUUUGCUUCAGACAAUGACACAAGUUUGGGAGUAGCCGUGCUGAACAACUUCAAUAUCUUCCCCGAAAGAAACUGGUACUGGAUCGGCACAGCAGUCCUCUUUGGGUUCACAAUUCUCUUCAAUGUCCUUUUCACUUUUUCCCUUAUGUACCUUAACCCUAUUGGGAAGCCACAAGCUAUAAUAUCCAAAGAGCAGGCAAGGGAAAUGGAGGAAACAUCACCACCUAGAACAACAAAGUCGAAGAAAGAUUCACUCCAUGGGAAUUACAAAAGUAAAAACCAAACAACAGAAAUCAAAUAAAAUAAAUUUAGUUAGAAAUAUUCUCUCUGCUCA